CAACCAAUCUUCCCAUCAAGCUAUGGAGGCAACUCCUCUUGCAGUGCCCUUUGUCCAAGUACUAGCAGAGGAGGGACUGACAAGAGUUCCUGAGCGCUAUGUUCGUCCACAAUAUGACAGACCCAUAUUAUCUACCACUGUUCCUUUACGCCAAGUUCCUAUUAUUGACCUUAGCAAAUUAUUAUCCAAAAAUUUCAAGGGACCUGAACUUGAGAGGCUACACCAUGCCUGCAAAGAAUGGGGAUUCUUUCAGCUGAUUAAUCAUGGAGUGAGCACUUCAUUGCUGGAAAACGUGAAGAGAGGUGUUCGUGAAUUCUUCAAUCUUCCAAUGGAAGAGAAGAUGAAAUUUCAGCAGAGACAAGGAGAAACGGAAGGGUAUGGUCAGCUCUUAGUGUUUUCUGAGGAUCAAAAACUUGAGUGGGGAGAUAUGCUUUACAUGUUAACAUUGCCACCAGAAAUGAGAAAACCCCACUCACUCCCCAAAUACCAUUUACCCUGCAGAAAUUAUUUAGAGGCCUAUUAUGCAGAGAUGAAAAAAGUUAAUAUGCAGAUCCUUGAGCUAAUGGCAAAUGCCCUCUCAAUAGACACCAAGGAAAUGACAGCGUUAUUUGCUGCUGGGACUCAAAAGACAAAGUUUAAUUAUUAUCCUCCAUGUCCUCAACCUGAGCUUGUCAUUGGUAUCAAACCUCAUUCUGAUCUUGGGGGCCUUACCAUACUUCUCCAAGCCAAUGAAGUGGAAGGUCUUCAAAUUAAAAAAGAUGGACAGUGGAUUCCUAUUAAACCCCUUCCUAAUGCUUUCAUCAUUAACAUUGGAGACAUGUUAGAGGUCAUAACGAACGGAAUUUAUCGAAGCAUUGAACACCGAGCAACUGUUAACUCUGUGAUGGAGAGGAUAUCCAUAGCCACGUUUAACAAUCCCAUUACAGAGUCAACUUUAGGUCCAUUACCAAGCUUAAUCACUCCAACAACACCAGCAGUGUUCAGAACAAUCAAUUUUGCAGAAUAUUUAAGAGGAUACUUUUCAAGAGAAGUUUUUGGGAAAUCAUACCUUGCAAGGAAGCUUGGCACCUGUUGUGGAAAGGCCGCUUCGUCUCAGAUUUACACCUCUAUCAUAUAUGUCUUCAUAAGUACCCUCUAUUUUUACCUCACACUACUACUAGUUCCUGUUUCUGCACUUUUCUGUGACUUUGUUUACCAAGGAUUGAUGCUGCUGAUGCUUGUUUCUGCGCUUGGACAUCCUAUGAUUGGUGCUGCUAAUGUGAAAUUUGGUUUCUGCUAUACCACUGCCAUAUCACCACUAGUUUUCAAGCUGAAGGGAAUUUCAAUUCUUCUUGUGGGUACCUUGUUAUAG